AUGGCCGGAUUCAAGGCUGCGCCUGAUGCGACUAAAAUGACCUUGACCCCCGCCUCCGGCAAGGCUCAAAAGCGAAAGCGAGAUGUCGAAAACACCAUUACAAGCACUCCAACGCCAACCAAAAAGUCCAAGAAGCGCGACAGCCAGUGCCUCGAUGAGGGCAGCGCCAAAAAGCGAUCGAAGCUUAAAGACCGGCUCCAAGGUGACAAUUCACCGGCAUCGACGCCGAAAGAAAGUGCUGUCUCGACCAAGCGCAGUAAGACGCCUGCUACAAACUCGGAUGACCGCGAGGAUAAAGCGGGAAUCAAGUCAAAAAAUGGCAAACGAAAGAGCUCUGGAAAGAACACUGAGUCGAUUAAUGAAACUGCAUCUGUGAGCUCGGAGCCCCCAAGUGCCGACAUCGCAGAAGUGACUGCGGAAGAGAAGUCUAUGAAGAACAAGCAUGCCGGACUUUUGUCCAAAUUCGAACGAACAAAGACCGCUGCCGCUACAAAGGCCAAAAAGGCCAAGGUUGAGGUCACAGAGCCCCAGGAGGGAACAGCUGAGGCCGUCUUCGCGAAGGGCCUUGAGCCCUUACCCCAGCCUGAGAAUGCUGAGGAGCCCGAGACUCUACCGACAUAUUCGUCUUUACCAGAGUGGCUGGCAAACCCCCGGCGAACAUCGACCAAAGAGCGAGCCAAGUUCUCUGAUCUUGGCAUCAAGCCCGAUCUUCUUCACAUCCUUGACGAGCGCGGCUACAAGGAAGCUUUUGCUGUGCAGUCCGCUGUCAUCCCCCUCCUUCUUGCCAAUAGCAACAACUACCACCCCGGUGAUGUUUGUGUUUCCGCAGCCACCGGUUCUGGAAAGACCCUCUCCUACGUACUUCCGCUUGUCAGCUCCCUCAAAGCUCUUCCCGCGUCAAGACUGCGGGGACUGAUCGUUGUCCCCACUCGAGAGUUAGUGCGGCAGGCACGUGAAUCAUGUGAACUUCUUGCCUCUAGAUCCGGACUUCGUAUCGGAAGUGCCGUGGGUAAUGUGGCCAUCAAAGAUGAGCAAAAGCUUCUCAUGCGAGUGGACCAAGUGUACGACCCGGCCACCAUCGCUCAACGACAGAACUCAGGUCUACGAGGGGAUGACUGGAUAGACUUUGAUCUUGAAGCCUGCGUCAAUGAAGCUGUAAAUACCAAUGAGUACCUCCCGGGCCACGCUCAGCGAUCUGAGCCCAAUGUCGAUAUCCUCAUCUGCACACCAGGCCGACUGGUUGAUCACAUCCGUUACACCAAGGGUUUUACUCUCAAGUAUCUGGAUUGGCUCGUAAUCGAUGAAGCUGAUCGUCUCCUGAAUGAGAGCUUCCAAGAUUGGGUUGAUGUCGUGAUGGGCUCACUGGACUCUCGCCAGGCCCCUGAGACUUUCGGACCCUGUGGUAAGUUUUUGCACGACAUGAAGCUUUCCAUUGCCGCUAGACCCCCGCGAAAGGUCAUUCUCAGUGCUACCAUGACUCGUGAUAUUUCGAAGCUCAACUCACUCCGCUUGACAAACCCAAAGAUGGUCGUGGUGGGGGCUGAAAUCACCUCCGAGCCCACCGAUCUCCCCACCGACAGAUUAGACGCCUCAUACGACUUGCCACCAACUCUGCAAGAAUACAUGGUUCCGGUUGCGGAGGGCGCUCAUAAGCCUCUCUACUUGCUGCAUCUUCUCGAAUCACAGAUUAAGAUCGCCGCAGCGAGCACCACCGACGACGCCGGCAGCGAUACUUCUGAAGACAGCGACGAUACCAGCUCUGAUGAAGAUUCUUCUGACUCCAGUUCAUCUGACUCUGAUUCAUCUGAUGACUCAGACUCGGACUCAGAGUUGGAAACGGAUUCCGAUACGGAUUCCGACUCGGAUUCCUCAAGUGACUCAUCAAGUGACUCCGAGGAGGAAGUCGAUUCUCCCGCAAAGUCGUCUACACCCCGCUCGACCGUUCUUGUCUUCACCAAGUCUUCCGAGUCCGCAUCACGACUUGCUCGUCUCAUUACUCUGACCAAGCCAUCGCUUGCCAAGCAGAUCGGGGUCAUUGUCAAAUCUAACAAGUCUUCGGCUUCUCGGAAGACUCUGUCUGCCUACCGACGAGGUCGAAUCUCGAUUAUUAUCGCUACUGAUCGUGCUUCUCGUGGUCUUGAUUUAGAGUCGCUGACCCACGUGGUCAACUACGAUGUUCCACACAGCAUCACUACUUAUGUCCACCGCGUCGGACGUACUGCCCGCGCAGGUCGCAGUGGAUCCGCCUGGACACUGGUUGCUCACCACGAGGGGCGUUGGUUCUCUACACAAAUCGUUAAUAGCCUCGAUGGCCAAAUCACACGCUCGAACAGCAUUGAUCGGGUGAAUGUUAAGGUCGACAAAACUUCGGCGACCUUUAAGGGCUACGGUGCUGCUUUGGAGAAGCUAGAAAAGGAGGUCAAGAUGGGCGGGGCGACCAAGUCCAAUUCCAAGUCCAAGUCCAAGUCAGAAUGA